AUGUCCGAUCUAACCUCCGUCCGUGCUUCCAAUUCUCUCAUAACCGAGACCGAUAUACCCAAGACCGCUGUUUUUGUAGGCGGCACGGAUGGAAUUGGCAAAUCUGCCCUCGAGAAGCUAGUGUCAAAAGGUUCUUCGAUCAAGGUCUACAUUGUAGGCCGUGACAAAUCCCGUCAUAGUUCUCAACUUGACGAGCUCAGAAAAACCAACCCUCGAGCAGUCUUGAUCUACUUGCAAGGCCAAAUAUCACUCCUUGCGGAAGCUCAGCGCCUUGCCAAUGAGAUAGCUUCUCAAGAGGAUAAGAUUGAUCUCCUGUUUCUCUCGGCAGGUUACUUACCCUUUACUGGGCCUCAAGCCCAACUGACUAUGGCCACAGAAACAUCCGAGGGCCUGGAAGCGUCCUUAGCUGUAGCCUAUUACAGUCGUAUUGUUUUCAUCAUGAGUUUGCUUCCGAAGCUGAGAGAUGGCGAAAGGUCUUUGAGAUCUCCACGUGUCGUGUUCAUUUUGGCAGCUGGAAAGGAGUCAACUGAGAUAUUUUUGGACGACAUCGAUCUCAAAAGUCCUGGCCAUUUCAACCUUGGUAACUACGCCGGACAAGUUGCUACUCUGGCAACCCUGACUCUAAGACGUCUUUCAGAGGCCCCAGAGAACCAGGAUAUUGUUUUUAUCCAUUCUCAUCCUGGCCUUGUCAGUACUGACCUGAUGAAGAAGAGUUGGGGUGACAAGUUCAAUCCCGGCCAAGCUUCCGGGGGCUCAGAGCUCGGAACGUUCACUCCAUUCACACCUGGAGAGUCGGGUGAGCGGUGUCUCUUUCUUAUCACCAGCGCAGAAUUUGGUGGCAAGGGGGUUGCGGUUCAGAGCGGCCGGGAAGCUGCACAGACCCUGAACCAUAGUGUCAAUGGGUCACUGUUCUCCGUGGAUGAUAAGCUCCAGGCUCUCCAGCAAGAUGAGCUACUUACUAAACUGGAGGAGAAGGAGGCUUCUCGGAAGAUUUGGGACCAUACCAUGAGAAUUCUGAAGUCUACUACUCAAAUUGUUUAG